AUGAGUGGCUCAUUCAUAGUCCAAAGCUCAGACCAGCUCCCCCAGCAUUCCGACAAAUGCAUCUUGCCACCGUCAAUACUUAAGCUGGUUCUAGAUCAAAAUUCCGAGCUUCCACACCCGCUCGUUCUACAAUUAGUCGGUGUCAAAAGUGUGUACGUUGGAGUGAAGGAGUUUACUGCACCAGAGGACACUGUGAUUGUCCCAAGAGAUGUUUACGAUCAACUUCAGAGUGACAAUGUCCAGAUCCAUUUGGCCGAUCUACCCAAAAGCACUUUUUUGAAGAUAAAGCCCUUCCAAUUCUACUCACACAUAACGAAUUGGAAGUACUACUUGGAGUCAUUCCUAAGCACGAAAUAUACAGUUUUGAGCAAGAAUCAAACAUUCUACUAUGCAGAUGCCCUUGCUGGCAAGACCGUGGAGCUUCUUGUGGAAGAUUGCAACGCUGACGCCGUUGUGGUAGUAGAGACAAAUGUCGUCUUGGAUGUAGUGCCCUUAAACGACAUUAUGGCAGCACAACAACUUGAGCAAGGUGCGAAUCUCAAUAUUUUGGAGAAUGUUCCUGCUCUUGAGACUGAUACUCAAAUGACCUUAGAGCCUUUCAACCAAGUCGCCAUUCAACAUAUCUACAGUAUUGAUCUACGAAAGCAGAAGAACGAUUUCACUAUAUCUAUUGAAUGCGCAGAUGACUCACCUAAUGUUGAGCUUAUAUGCGGAGUAGACAAAUUCUUGACGCUCGAAAACUUCAUGAAGUGUUCACUCUCAUCAAAAGCUGACACUCAAGCCACCAAGGCUAUCACAAUAGAAUUAAAAAGUGACAUCAUCCAAAAUUGCUUGUUGAAGGCAGACGAUACCGAUCCCGUCUACUUGUAUGUUGUCCCAUUUGCGUGGGACCAUGCCGCCUCGAUCACUUUGCAACUUAGACCAGUUGCCGAGGACGAGGGGGCCCUAAUACUACAGGAUUCACUAGAAGACAGCAUACUAUGUCAAAACUGUGGCAAACAAAUUCAAGAGAAAAACUAUCCAUUACAUGAGGCCUACUGCCUCCGUAACAUCAAAAAGUGUUCUUGUGGAGAGGUUUUUGACAGGGAAAUACCUUCUCUGCACUGGCAUUGUGGAUCGUGUCAAUUUGUAGGAGAUUCUACGUUACUGAGGUUCAAGCAUGAGAAAUUCUUUCACAGUGGUCCCUACAAAUGUAAUGCUUGUGAUAGUGACGAUCAUUUCGAAACAUACGUGGAUUUGGUCGAAAAACAUAAGGGUGUCGAAUGCCCAGCGAAGUUGCAUGAGUGCAAAUUCUGCCAUUUAGUUGUACCGCAAGGGGAGGCAACGUAUGAGGACCGAUUCAACAACUUGACUCAUCAUGAAAGCGAGUGUGGUAAUAAGACGGUUGAAUGUUUCAAAUGUAAGAAGAGUGUUCGAAACAAGGACAUCAAAACGCACAUGCAACUUCACUCCAUUGAUAAUCCGAUCAAGAGCUCAAGUCUUGUGCUGCAUUGCAGUAACGUCAACUGCGUGAACCUAGCUGGCGACAAUUCAGAGACGAAAAACACUCUUCAGCUCUGCGACACAUGCUAUGGUCCGCUCUACAGCACCGUCCACGACCAAAAUCAUUCGAAGUUGCAAAGCCGUAUCGAGAGAAGGUACAUUAUCCAGCUCACAAAGGGCUGUGGACAGCCGUGGUGUGAUAACAAGGAAUGUGCUACUGGAGGCACUAAGCUCGAUAUGAAAAGAGCCUUCAGCCACAUCCAGGGAGACCUCUUGCGCAAGAUCUACCAGCCAGUCAUGCCAAUCAAUUCUGCUCGGUCUGAAUCAGGCAGCAAUGAAUUCUGGUUCUGUGUGAAUGAGAGCGUGCAUCGCAAGAAGGGUAUUCUACAAGAUUUGAUAGCCGAAGCUCGGUUUCCCGAGUCCUCGAUCUACUUGGCCUUAUCUGCCAAAGGUGUAGAAGGUGCAAGACAGUACUUGAUCGAGACUGCGUAG